AUGGCUCCUUCUAUAACGUUCACACUCUACACCAGUGCAUUCUGCUACAUUGACUGCAGCGAUACGUUCGACAUCACCCUUGUACGCAAUGUCGACUACCACUCAAAGUUCACCAUCGACACCAAAAACACCAUAUUUGACCCCGAGGCGGCCUUUUCAAAGGGUUUGUUCGAAAUCGUCGAUGCAGAGACGGGUGAAAGUGUGGACUACGUGCCUUCCAAAACCGCUAAUCAGGACAUCGAACGACGACUGUUCAUACUAGACCCCGAAAAGCUCGACAGCUAUACCAUGUGGUCGACUCUUCCAGGCACUACCGUUUCAAACCCCAUGCCCUAUACUCUCGAUCCGUCAUCUUUCGUAGCGGGGAAAACGUAUACCAUCCGUCUCCAGUCUCAUGGCAUCACGACAUGGUACGCUGGUGAGCAACAUGAUCCAUCCAAUUUACCCAAUCCGGAGACGGAAAGUAUACCGCAGCCAUCUCCGCCGCUGCCGAACUACACCUUCAAAGCCCUUGCUACAGUUCCCAAGCCUCCGCCUAUCCGCCCAACUAUUCUCACCUCCACCGACACAAUAUCCGUCUCAGGCAACCCACCAUGCACCAUCACCCUCGCGUGGCGUCUAAACGCUACUCGCGGCGACAUCGCCAACACAAAAGGAAUCGCCGUCCUACGCUCCAUACCCCACGGCCGCAACAAAGCCGGCGUCGAACUCCGUGACCUCAAAACAGGAAAGAAGCGAGGCCCAACGAAAGGCUACAGUCCGCCAGAUGCGGACGUAGAAGGCGAAACCGACCCUUCCCCGCCCAACGAGACUGAAGUCCUCGUCUUUGAAAAUAGCGAGACUGUGCAUGAGAGGAGCUAUACGCUGAUUUCUGAUCCUGAAAAAGCGGGGAUUUGGGGGUCGGAUACGAGGUUGCUUAAGGUGGGAGAGGAAGAUGGGAGGUAUGGGGUUGGUGUGCUCAAGGGGAACUGGGCUUGGGUGAGCAGGGAAGAGGUUGGAGAGGUGGUUUGGGGGGAUCAGGAGAGAUUGAGGGGAGAGUUGGGGAAGGUGCCGAUGAGGAAGUGGAGGGCGGAUGAGGUCAAGGUUGUUGGGAUUGUUGAGUAG